AUGGACGCAUUCAUGGAAUUGUAUUUUGAAGAGGUUUUCGAAAAUUUAGAUCGUGAUGCUUUGAUCAGUAGAAUCAAAAGGAAGGAACUUGUUGAAUAUUUCAAUACUGUUAUCGACGGCUGUGCUAAAGGACAAAACAAGUCAGACGAUGUAACAUGUAAAAAGUUUGUUCUGUCAGCGAUAAAGUACCACAACGAUCGGAAAUCUGACAACGGUGAUGUAUGUCUUAUGGGAAAAUAUCACAAUCUUCUGUAUAUAGCUAUAAAAUUGGCCUUUGAUUGGGGCCUGAAAGACAAUGGGACUGUAGCCGCUCUAUUGGACGAAUUGUACGCAUGUGAACGUACAUUCGAGAGGAUAUUUUUAGGAGCAAUUUUUGGCACCUCAGCACCGUAUUUUUUGGCUGGAUGGAAAUCGGAUUUCUCGAACAGGGAAGAAAACAUUCACGCUUUAGUUUUCUUCUUAGAUCAUGCAACGAACGCCUGUUUGGAAUACACAGAAGAUAAUAAAAAGUAUCGCUUCAUAGACGUUCCUUUAGAAAGCUGCGGAAGAGCUUCUCCAGUCAGAGUCGUCAUUCAAAUGGGAGCUUCGGAAAUACUGCUGAUACUACUAAGGUUCGGCGCUAAGAUAACUGCAGAUAAAGUAUCAACAAAUCCAAUAGAAUCUAUAUUAGAUAAGCUAUUGGAAUAUAACAGAAAAUAUCCAUACGAAUUGAUUUCAUGUUUGAAAAUAGCUCUCAGAGCCACUGAGAGGAUAACAUUCACGAUUAAUGAAAACGCUUCUGAAUACCUUGAGUUACCUGAAGGGUAUAAUUUUCAAAGGAAACUGGCACUCGAAAAGUAUGGAGAAAUUUUAGAGGACCAUUUGAUUCCGACCACGAGGUGUGGUUUAAAACCGGUCGAAUUGAAGCACAUCUGCAGAUGCAAAGUGAGAGAGACAUUGUGGCGCAAUUUCGAAUUGCCGUUCGGUAUCGAAAAAUUACCCGUCCCGGAUUCGUUGAAGAAGUAUUUAGAUUUAUUGGAUGAUUAA